AUGGAACGACGUUACAUUGUAUUGCCAACAUCAUCGCCUUCCAACAGGGAUUCAUACGAGGUAAUGCGAAUCCAGGAGAGAGGUAGUACAGUCCCCAAAAAAGCGCUUACUUCUCCUCAGGGAUUUCUGGAAGUGACUUUGGAUGAACCGUACUUUUACUACAACGAUGAAACACUUCGUGAAGCCCUCUCCAAGAAAGGGAGUACAACGAACUUCUAUGUAUGGAAGUCUUUCGGUGAUACCGUUACUUCGGUUCCAGUUUCGAUUGACGAAUCAGAACGCGAGGGCCGUUUCGUUCAUCGCCAUGCAUCGGAGUGUGGGAUUCAUACCAGAGUCUCGAACACCAAGAAAGCCCCUCACGGAGGCGGAGGGCUGGUGAACCUUCUCACAGAAGGAAAAGUUACGCGAAACGGUCGAAGUGAAGUAUUGGCCCCUCUACUGUUGAAGCCCAACGUCCACUACGAUCGCGUUAUAGAAUUGAAUGAAAGACAGGUUUGCGACCUCGAACUCCUCAUCAACGGUGGAUACUCACCAUUAAGAGGCUUUAUGACAAAACAAGAGUACGAGUCGUGCGUUCACGAUAUGAGAUUGCCGGAGGGUUCCUUGUGGGGGUUGCCAGUCGUACUUGAUUCUCACGAUGGGGAAAUCGCGAAAGGUGAACGGCUUCUAUUGAGGUCCACAACAAUGGGAGGAGAUUUAGCCGUCAUGCUUGUCGAAGACAUAUGGAAGCCAGACAAGACCACAGAAGCACUGAAGGUCUUCAAUACAACAUCCCGUGAUCAUCCAUAUAUUGACUAUAUGAAAAGUGAAAUGGGAGCUUUCUACGUUGGAGGUCCAAUUGUUCGAGGAAUCCGCUUACCAGAGCGCCCAUGGUUACCAUCACAGCUUAGAGUUGCAACUCCUGCGGAGCUACGAGAACGCUAUUGCAAUAUGUCUGAUGUCUUAGCUUUCCAAUGUCGCAAUCCACUCCAUCGAGCUCAUGUUGAAAUGUUCACGCGUAGCCUUCAUGAUGGACCCACUGACAAUUUACAGGUCGUCGUGCAUCCUUCGAUAGGCCCUUCGAAACAAGACGAUUUCGAUGCAAAAGUUCGAGGUGCAUUGGGUGUGACUGUUAAUUUCCCAUAG